CAUUAAACAUUUGGUCCUUCGAACCGGAUCCGUUGAAAAGUUACCUAUUUUUAGUAAAAUAUCAAAUUUGUCGUGUCGUAAUAUUUUUCUAAUAAAUUGGUGGGUAAAACUUUUAAUUCUCGAUUCGGUUAAUGGCUGACCGGAAGUGUGACUUUUAUAGUAGAAUUUAGGUUGGUAGCAGUGUGACAGUUCGUUCAAUCCGCUCAUCUCGUUCGGUCUUAGUCUAUGCUUUGGUGUAUGGCAACAAUUCGGUUGUCAUCUCAUCUGUCAUUGUCAAAGUCAACAAGUUAAUUUUAUUGAGUAACGUAAACUGUUUAUUUAUAUUUUCGUUCUCGUUUUUCGAUAAAUCAACAGUGAUUAUUACGUGAAAAAUGUCGGACAUUGAUGUGAGCAAUAGAGACGUUGACAUGGAUAGGGUUGAACGCAAUUACGCGGUUAUGCGGUUAGAGUUAAUCUUUGAUUGUAUAGAUUUAGAGGGUUAUGUCGCGGCCGACUUAAACCCAAUAGUUGAAGACUUUCAUCGUGCCCAAAAGGCUAUAAUGAAGAAAACAAAGGAUGUAAAUACGGAGUUCUCGGUUACUGUCGAUUUUGAACAAAAAGUAAAGUCAAUCUUGACAAGGUUAAGGAAAGCUGAGCCUGUCAUUACAAGCAAACAUGAAACUGUUGACAAACAUGAUAGUAGUGAUAAUAAUUCAGCGAAGUUACCUAAAAUUGUUGUGAAACCAUUUGAUGGCUCCUUGCACAAUUGGUUGUCAUUUAAGGAACUCUUUGAUUCCUUAAUUCAUAAAAGGAAUAUUUCGAACAUUGAAAAGCUGCAUUAUCUUAUGACAUCGUGUCAAGGUAAGGCUUUAGAUUUGAUUAAGAAUUACCCAAUUUCGGACAACAGUUACAUGGAUGCUUACAAUGCUUUAAACAAUUUUUACAAUAGAAAACGGCAAAUUGCCUUUGGGUACUAUGAAAAGAUUUUACUUUGUGAACAGGUGAAGACCAAGUCUUCAACUGAAUUAGAAAAAGUUCAUCGUGUUUUUAGAGAAACAUUACAAGUGUUAGAAAGGUUCGACUUACCCGAUAAAAACUUUAUGUUAUUUCAUCUGUUGUGGGGAAAAUUAGACAAGGCGACUCGGGAGGCCUUCCUCCUCGAGUUCAAUUCCAAUGAAAUUCCAAAGUUUGAAUCACUACAAGAGUUUGUUGAAAAACAAGUCCGCGCUCUGGAAGUAACGGAGGUUAAGCCCGUAGCAAGUGCCAAUAAAGGUAAAGGCAAGGUAACACUAGUUGCCACACAACAAAAUAUAUGUGUUUUCUGUACUGAACUGCAUAAUUUAGAAAAUUGUAAGAAGUUUAAGGUUUUAGACACUUCGGAGCGGUUUAAGGUGGUGAAAAACAAGGGCUUGUGUGUUUGUUGUUUCUCCAAAACUCAUAAAGUUAAACAAUGUCGAUCGGAUUGUCGGUGCAGUAUAUGCGGUUGUUCCCACAACACUCUAUUACACUUUGAAAAAAGGAACCGGCUUCGCCAGAGGCUGAACCAGCACCUCAGCCAACGGUGA